GCUAUGACCCUGAGCACUGAGAUGUCCGAUGCCUCUGGCCUCGCCGAGGAAACAGACAUCGACGUGGUGGGGGAGGGCGAGGACGAAGAAGACGAGGAAGAGGAGGACGACGACGAGGGCGGCGGUGGCGGGCCCCGGCUGGCUGUCCCCGCGCAGCGGCGGCGGCGGCGCUCGUACGCCGGGGAGGACGAGCUGGAGGACCUGGAGGAGGAGGAGGACGACGAUGACAUCCUGCUGGCCCCGCCUGCUGGGGGCUCCCCGGCGCCCCCGGGCCCGGCCCCGGCGUCUGGGGCAGGAGCCGGUGGGGGCGGCGGCGGCGGCGGCGCGGGCGGCGGCGGCAGCGGCGGCGGCGGGAGCGCGGGUAGCGGCGCCAAGAACCCGCUGGUGAAGCCGCCCUACUCGUAUAUCGCGCUCAUCACUAUGGCCAUCCUGCAGAGCCCCAAGAAGCGGCUGACGCUAAGCGAGAUCUGUGAGUUCAUCAGCGGCCGCUUCCCCUACUACCGGGAGAAGUUCCCCGCCUGGCAGAACAGCAUCCGCCACAACCUCUCGCUCAACGACUGCUUCGUCAAGAUCCCCCGCGAGCCCGGCAACCCGGGCAAGGGCAACUACUGGACGCUGGACCCGGAGUCUGCCGACAUGUUCGACAACGGCAGCUUCCUGCGCCGGAGGAAGCGCUUCAAGCGGCAGCCGCUGCUCCCACCCAACGCCGCGACCGCCGAGUCUCUGCUGCUGCGCGGCGCGGGAACCGCAGGGGGCGCGGGCGACCCGGCAGCAGCUGCCGCGCUCUUCCCGCCCGCGCCCCCGCCGCCCCCGCAUGCCUACGGCUACGGCCCCUACGGCUGCGGCUACGGCCUGCAGCUGCCGCCCUACGCGCCGCCCUCGGCCCUCUUCGCCGCCGCAGCGGCAGCCGCCGCCGCCGCCGCCUUCCACCCGCACUCGCCCCCGCCCCCCCCGCCACCGCACGGCGCGGCCGCCGAGCUGGCCCGGACAGCCUUCGGCUACCGGCCGCACCCGCUCGGCGCCGCCCUGCCCGGCCCCCUGCCGGCCUCCGCGGCCAAGGCGGGCGGCCCAGGCGCCUCAGCGCUGGCGCGCUCGCCCUUCUCCAUCGAGAGCAUCAUCGGGGGCAGCUUGGGCCCGGCCGCCGCUGCCGCCGCCGCCGCGCAGGCCGCCGCCGCCGCUCAGGCCUCGCCCUCGCCCUCGCCGGUGGCGGCGCCGCCCGCUCCCGGAUCCAGCGGAGGAGGCUGCGCGGCGCAGGCGGCCGUGGGCCCGGCGGCCGCGCUCACCCGAUCCCUCGUGGCCGCCGCGGCCGCCGCCGCUUCCUCAGUCUCCUCGUCCGCCGCACUAGGGACUCUGCACCAAGGGACUGCCCUGUCCAGUGUCGAGAACUUUACUGCUAGGAUUUCCAAUUGUUAAUAACGCUGUGUUAGCGCGCUCGAGGAAGAAGGGAGAAAACGGACUCUCACGGGCUCAAAUGAAGUUCUUCCCCGUCCCCCCAACCCUUGUUAAAUGUUUGAAGGAGGUUAAACCCUCUCACUCUCAAACUUAGCACUAAAUCUAUAGAUACAAAUUGAAAUACUGUUAGACCAAAGUCUUAUAUACAAAAGUUACUUUUACUCUAGCCCGGCUAAGAGAGAGGAGUCAUUGAACCCGAGAACGUCCGGACUCCACGCGCCGCCCCGGGUGGAGAGGGGUUGGCAGGCGGAAUCCAAACGGCACAGACACUGCUGGCGCGCCUGGUAGCCUUCUGUAACGCACGCAUCUGAAAUUUAGAUCUGAAAAUAAUUACGAGGAGAGACAGCC